UCGCGUGGGACUCGGGUCUCGGCCUCCCCCUCCCCAGCUGGCGCCCGACGCCUGCGCCUGCGUGCCGAGCGCUGGCGGGCUCUCCCAGAAGUCCCCUUGCGGCCCUGGGCGCCAGCUCGUCCCGGCAGCGGGGUCCCCGCGCCCCGCUCCUAGCGUCUGCGCCCGCCAGCCACAGCCUUCCGGUGGUUGGACUACAUUUCCCAAGAACCACCGCUUCCUAAAGCGGCUUCCUUUCCGUUUGUUCGCGCGAUUUGGGGGGGGGGGCCUCGCUUUGAGGGAGGGCUGUGUCUGUGGAGGAGCUUGGGCCAGCCCUUGGUGGUGGGACCCGUGAAGCCGGAGUCGCCCUGGACCCCGAGGGCGGUCCUGAACUGUACCUUCGGUCGAGGACUUCCAGAACUAUGAUGGAUAAGAAUGCUGAAAGUGAUGCACACAGACUGAGGGUGAAGCACUGCCUUUUCCAGAUGCUGUGCUUCUCCAAGAUAGGCAUCCAGGAGAGGAUUAAUCAUUUCACACAGCCAUAAAAAUCAUGGCUCAGAGAUUGGUGAUGUUCAGGGAUGUUGCCAUUGACUUCUCUCAAGAAGAGUGGGAAUGCCUGGACUUUGCUCAAAGGGAUUUGUACAGAGAUGUGAUGUUGGAGAACUAUAGUAACUUGGUGUCACUAGAUUUGUCAUCAAGAUGUGCAAAUAACUACUUACCUCCAAAAGAAGAAACUUAUAAAACAGAAUUAUUUCAAUGGGAAAUGAAUGACUGGCUUCAAAUCUAUGAUCUUAAGAAGUCUAUUUCUAGAGAUUAUUUGGAAGUCAGAGGCACAUUGGAAAAUCAGAAGGAAUAUUUCAGGCAAGGAAAGAUUAUAUAUGAAAAAAUGUCUAUUUUCAAUCAGCAUACUUACUUAUCUCAAUAUCCCUCAUGUAAUUCUGAGAAGCCCUAUAAAUGUAAGGAAUGUGGGAAGGCCUUUAGACGAGCCUCACACCUAACUCAACAUCAGAGUAUUCAUACUGGUGAAAAACCCUAUGAAUGUAAGCAAUGUUUGAAGGCCUUUAGUCGUGAUUCACAGCUCAGUCUUCAUCAGAGACUUCAUACUGGUGAGAAACCGUAUGCAUGCAAGGAAUGUGGGAAGGCCUUUACUCAGAGCUCACAACUGAUUUUACAUUACAGAAUUCAUACUGGUGAAAAACCAUAUAAAUGUGAACAAUGUGGGAAAGCUUUUAUUCGUAGUUCACAACUAACCCGACAUCAAAAAGUCCAUACUGGAGAAAAACCUUAUGAAUGUAAAGAAUGUGGGAAGGCCUUUACUCAGAACUCACAACUUACACUGCACCAGAGACUUCAUACUGGCGAGAAACUCUAUGAAUGUAAAGAAUGUAGAAAGGUCUUUACUCAGCUCUCACAACUUAUUCUACAUAAGAGAAUCCAUUCUGGUGAAAAACCCUAUGAAUGUAAGGAAUGUGGGAAAGCUUUUAUUUGUGGCUCACAGCUUUCUCAACAUCAGAAAAUUCAUAAUGGGGAAAAGCCAUAUGGAUGUAAAGAAUGUGGGAAGGCCUUUAUUCGUGGCUCAUUACUUAUGCAACAUCAGAGAAUUCAUACUGGUGAAAAACCCUAUAAAUGUGAACAGUGUGGGAAGGCCUUUAUCCGUGGUUCACAACUUACUCAACACCAGAGAAUUCAUACCAAUGAGAAGCCCUAUGAAUGUAAGGAAUGUGGAAAGACCUUUAAUCAUGGUUCACAACUUACUCAACAUCAGAGGAUUCAUACUGGUGAGAAACCCUAUCAAUGUAAUGAAUGUGGAAAAGCCUUUAAUAGAGGCUCACUACUUACUCGGCAUCAGAGGAUUCAUACUGGUGAGAAACCCUAUGAAUGUAAAGAAUGUGGAAAGACCUUUAGUCGUGGCUCAGAACUUACUCAACAUGAGAGAAUUCACACUGGUGAGAAACCUUAUGAAUGUAAGGAAUGUGGGAAGUCUUUUAUUCGUGGUUCACAGCUUACUCAACAUCAGAGAAUUCAUACUGGUGAGAAACCUUAUGAAUGUAAAGAAUGUAGAAUGGCCUUUACUCAGAGUUCACAUCUUUCUCAACAUCAGAGACUUCAUACUGGUGAGAAGCCUUAUGUAUGUAAUGAGUGUGGAAAGGCCUUUGCUCGUGGCUUACUACUUAUACAGCAUCAGAGAAUUCAUACAGGUGAGAAACCUUAUCAGUGUAAGGAAUGUGGGAAGGCCUUUAUUCGUGGUUCACAACUUACGCAACAUCAGAGAAUUCACACUGGAGAAAAACCCUAUGAAUGCAAGGAAUGUGGGAAAGCCUUUAGUCAUGGUUCUCAACUUACUCUACAUCAAAGAAUCCAUACUGGUGAGAAGCCCUAUGAAUGCAAAGAAUGUAGAAAAGCCUUUACUCAGAGCUCACACCUUUCUCGACAUCAGAGAAUUCAUACUGGUGAGAAACCAUAUCAAUGUAAGGAAUGUGGGAAGGCCUUUACUCGUGGUUCACAACUAACUCAACAUCAGAGAACUCAUAUUGGAGAGAAAACAUAUGAAUGUAAGGAAUGUAACAAAGCCUUUAGACAGAGUGCACAUCUUGCUCAACACCAGAGAAUCCACACUGGAGAAAAACCCUUUACAUGCAAUGAAUGUGGAAAGGCCUUUAGCCGUUUUGCCUUCCUUGUUGAGCAUCAAAGAAUUCACACAGGAGAGAAACCAUAUGAAUGUAAGGAAUGUAACAAAGCCUUCAGACAGAGUGCACACCUUAAUCAACAUCAGAGAAUUCACACAGGAGAGAAACCCUAUGAAUGUAAUCAGUGUGGAAAAGCCUUCAGCAGACGCAUAGCCCUUACUCUGCAUCAAAGAAUUCAUACAGGAGAGAAACCCUUUAAAUGUAAUGAAUGUGGGAAGACCUUUGGCUAUCGCUCACACCUUAAUCAACAUCAUAGAAUUCAUACUGGAGAGAAGCCCUAUGAGUGCAUCAAAUGUGGGAAGUUUUUCCGAACUGAUUCACAACUUAAUCGACAUCAUAGAAUUCAUACUGGAGAGAGACCUUUUGAAUGCAGUAAAUGUGGGAAAACCUUUAGUGAUGCUUUAGUUCUAAUUCAUCAUAAGAGAAGUCAUGCAGGAGAGAAACCCUAUAAAUGUAACAAAUGUGGGAAGGCCUUCAGUUGUGGCUCAUAUCUUAAUCAACAUCAGAGAGUUCAUACUGGGGAGAAACCCUAUGAAUGCAAUGAAUGUGGGAAAGCUUUCCAUCAGAUCUUUGUGAAUUCUCUGAUGAUUAUACAUCAGAGAAUUCAUAUUGGUGAGAAGCCCUAUGAAUGUAAAGAAUGUGGGAAGUCCUUUAGAGUGCGAGGACAACUUAAUCUUCAUCAAAGAAUUCAUACUGGUGAGAAGCCCUAUGAAUGUAAGGAAUGUGGGAAGACCUUCAGACAGUAUGCACACCUUACUCGCCAUCAAAGACUUAAUAUUGCUGAGAAGUGCUAUGAAUGUAAGGAAUGUGGCCAGGCUUUUCUGUGUAGUACAGGCCUUAGAAUACAUCACAAACUUCAUACUGGUGAAAAACCCUAUGAAUGUAAGGAUUGUGGAAAAGCCUUCAGAGUGAGGCAACAACUUACUCUCCAUCAGAGAAUUCAUACUGGUGAGAAACCCUAUGAUUGUAAGGACUGUGGGAAGACCUUUAGUCGUGGCUAUCAUCUGACUCUCCAUCAGAGAAUUCAUACUGGUGAGAAACCUUAUGAAUGUAAAGAAUGUCAGAAGUUCUUUCGUCGUUAUUCAGAACUUAUUUCACAUCAGGGUAUUCACAUUGGAGAGAAGCCCUAUGAUUGUAAGGAAUGUGGGAAAGCAUUUAGACUGUUUUCCCAACUUACUCAACAUCAGAGUAUUCAUUUUGGUGAGAAACCUUAUAAAUGUAAGGAAUGUGAGAAGACAUUUAGAUUGCUCUCACAACUUACUCAACACCAGAGUAUUCAUACCGGUGAGAAACCCUAUGAAUGUAAGGAAUGUGGGAAGGCCUUUAGACUUCAUUCAUCACUUAUUCAGCAUCAGAGAAUUCAUUCUGGAGAGAAACCAUACAAUUGUAAGGAAUGUAAGAAGGCAUUUAGACAACACUCACACCUUACUUACCAUCAGCGAAUUCAUAAUAAGAAGCCCUAUGAGUGCAGCGAGUGUGGCAAGACCUUUGCCCAGAAGUUUGAACUCACUACACAUCAGAGAAUUCACACAGGGGAGCGACCCUAUGAGUGUAAUGAAUGUGCAAAAACCUUUUUCAAGAAAUCAAACCUCAUUAUUCAUCAGAAAAUUCACACGGGGGAGAAACGCUAUGAGUGCAGUGAAUGUGGGAAAUCCUUUAUCCAGAACUCACAACUCAUUAUACAUAUGAGAACUCAUACAGGGGAGAAGCCCUAUGAGUGUACGGAAUGCGGCAAAACAUUCAGCCAGCGGUCAACUCUUAGGCUGCACCUGCGAAUCCAUACGGGGGAGAAGCCAUACGAGUGUUCUCAGUGUGGGAAGGCCUUCAGCAGGAAGUCCCGACUCAGUGUCCACCUAAGAGUUCAUAUAGGUGACAAACCCUGACCUGCGACAGGUCGGACUGUGCAAAACCCUCCCACCAGAACCCUUCCGGUGGGGGAGAAACCUCCUGAGGUCCUGAGGGAGCAUGGGAAUUCAUACUGAGAUAUCAUCCAUCAGCUCAAAAAAUGCCAAAAUGGGGUCCCCUGCAAACAACGAUACUGAAAGAUAUGAGGCCCAACUGAAGAACACAGACCAAGAAUAUCCAACUGUGAAUAGACAUGUUUAAUUAACUGUAUCACAGUGAGAUUUUGUUAAACCUUGAAUGAAUUAUUUAAACCUUGAAUGAAUUAUUUAAACCUUGAAUGAAUUUAAGGAUGAAAUCGUCUGGAAAGCAGCAGAAAGGAUAUACAGACAGUACCUAGGGAUAGAGUGGUUGUGUGUGAUUAUGCCACAAAACCACGAAAGUGUAUUUUAAAUCUGCCCGUGUGAAUUUAAGUCACUGGGAGUUUGAAAUUUCUCUAAUAAUUAGGACACAUCAAACAAGAUUUUCCAAUUAAAUAUCACGGGG